GCAGGGUGCAGCAAUUUCUGGUCUUGAACCUAAGCGCAUGCUCUUGCAGUUUUUAAAAUCUUCUAGAUCGUGAAAACUGACACCUCAACUUCGUAGAAAUGAAUAGACAAAAGUAAUUGCAUGUUUGAAAGCUGACACACAAAUCAAAGAUGAACAAUAAACUAAUUGCAUGAGCAGGUAGUACCAGUUCCAUAAUUACAAAACAUGUUAUCAUUAAUUGGAAAGAGAAUUGAUUUGUUGACUCGUAUAAACUUUUUAGGGUUCGUUAACAUAUCAAAUUCAUAGGAUCAUAACUCUUUCUCCGCCGCCCGAUGAAAACUUCUUUGUGACAAUGAAGCAACCAAGUAACAGUCAGAGUUUCAAUUAUCUCUACCUACUUGGAAUGGUGGUUUUUCUUGCAUCAUUUUUAGGAUGUUCUCUCUAUAAGGAACAAAUAAAGAGUACUUGGUUCCAAGAACCUAAACAGCAGAACAUCAUACAAGAAGCAAGAAACUUAAGCAACCGUGCAGAUCGAGAAACCGGUGGGACAGAUGAUGACCCAGAAAAGAACCAAAACAGCCAAGGACAGCUUUCUGUAGGAGAAAAGGAAGAGAACCAGGUUCUGCUGCCAAUGAAAGAGUGUGAUAUCUUCACAGGAACAUGGGUUUUUGAUAAUUUAACACACCCUUUAUACAGAGAAGACGAAUGUGAGUUUGCCUCAGAAUGGGUAAGAUGCACUAGAAAUGGAAGGCCGGAUUCUUUGUACAAGAAAUGGAGAUGGCAACCAAGGGAUUGUUCUUUGCCCAAGUUUGAAGGAAGGGUGUUGCUAGAAAAACUGAGAGGAAAGAGGCUUAUGUUCGUGGGAGAUUCAUUACAUUUAAACCAGUGGCAAUCUAUGGUUUGUAUGGUCCAUUCUAUCCUUACUUUGGGCAAGAAGAGUGUGAGCUAUGGAGACUACAUCUAUGUCUUUAAAGCAGAGGAGUACAAUGCAACCAUAGAAUUCUACUGGGCUCCAUUCCUGGUUGAAUCCAACGUGGACCCUCCAACAAAUAGAGAUGGAACAUCAGACCGAAUAAUCAUGCCUGAAUCAAUCUCAAAGCAUGGAGAUAACUGGAAAGAUGCAGACUAUCUUAUCUUCAACACAUAUAUCUGGUGGAUUAACUAUCCCACUGUAAAAGUGUUACGAGGAUCAUUUCAAGAAGGCACAACAGAGUACGACGAACUUGAACUGAAUAAAGCAUAUGGGAAAGUGCUGCAGACAUGGGCUAAUUGGGUGGAUGGAAAUAUUGAUCCUACUCGUACUUAUGUUUUCUUUAACAGCAUAUCUCCAAUACAUGUCAGGAGCUUGGACUGGAACAACCCAGAUGGAAUCCAGUGUGAAAAGGAAGACACACCAGUACUAAACAUGUCAAUGCCACUGGACGUAGGCACAAACCAAGACCUUUUUGCAAUUGCAGCGAACUUCACUAAAUCAAUGAAAGUACCUUUAUACUUCCUCAACAUAACAACCCUUUCUGAGUACAGGAAAGAUGCACAUCCCUCAGUUUAUAGAGCUAUAGGAGGCAAGCUGCUCUCUCCAGAACAAAGGUCCAAUCCUGCCGUCUAUGCAGAUUGUACUCACUGGUGCCUCCCUGGAUUGCCUGAUACGUGGAAUGAGUUGCUCUAUGCACAUAUUGUCUCAAAAUCAUGAGUCCUGCCAAAAUGAUUUCUACCAUUGUUUUUGUGUCAGAGAGUGGUUAUAUCUUCAACUGAAAAGAAUCAUUAGAUCUGAAGCAUUAAAAAGGCAUAACUUUAGGCAUCCAACAAAGAUAACAGAGAAUUCUUCAAUGUAUUAUCACCUGCUAUAAAGUGGACAUAUUUUGCUAUUAUCUUUUUCA